AGACUCAGGGCUUGGAACUCAGUGAUCUGUUGGUACUUGACAACAAACAUGGCGUCGGUGGCUGUCGAACGUCCUCCGUCGCCUUCCUCCUCCCAUGCCUCGGGAAUUGGGGAUCGAACAUCAAGAGAAGGUUCCGUUCCAUCCUCUGCUUCAACCAGGUCGGUCUCCAGCUCCGCCUUCACGGCACCAAGUCCUGACCUUCAUCUCGGGGACUGGUAUAUCGAUCAGAUUGAGGAGAAGAUUCGUACCCUGAAGCUCUCUGGUCAUGUGGGAUUUGAUUCUCUUCCCGAUCAGUUGGUGGCCAAAUCAACCCAAAAUGGAUUUACUUUCAACAUUCUCUGUAUUGGUGAGACGGGCAUGGGAAAGUCCACCCUGAUGGACACACUGUUCAAUACAAGUUUUGAAUCGAACCCAGCACCACAUACCCUUCCUGCUGUCAAACUGAAAUCUCACACUUAUGAACUUCAGGAAUCUAAUGUCAGGUUAAAGCUGACAAUUGUCGACACAGUGGGUUAUGGGGACCAAAUCAACAAAGGUGAUAGCUUCACAGCUAUUGUUGAUUAUAUUGACAAGCAGUUUGAUGAUUACCUGCAAGAAGAAUUGAAGAUUAAACGCAGCCUCUCCGCUUAUCACGACUCUAGAAUUCAUGCCUGCUUGUACUUCAUUUGUCCCACUGGCCAUGGACUGAAAAGCAUUGACCUUGUUUGCAUGAAGAAGUUGGACUCCAAAGUGAAUGUGAUACCAGUGAUUGCCAAAGCUGAUACCAUCUCCAAGUCUGAACUGACAAAGUUCAAGCAGCGUAUUAUACAGGAGAUAAAGGCCAACUGUAUUCAGAUUUAUCAGUUUCCCACUGAUGAUGACACCAUGGUGAAGGUCAACACGGAGAUGAACAACCAGAUUCCUUUUGCUGUUGUUGGAAGCACAGACUUCGUGAGAGUUGGCAACAAGAUGUUGAGAGCUCGUCAGUAUCCCUGGGGUACUGUGCAAGUCGAAAAUGAAAGUCACUGUGACUUCACGAAGCUGAGAGAGAUGUUGAUCCGCACAAACAUGGAGGACAUGCGAGAAGUGACUCAUCAGCGUCAUUACGAGCUGUACAGGAAAAAGAUUCUCGAAACUAUGGGCUUUUCUGAUGUGGGUCUGGAUAACCAACCAGUGAGCUUCCAGCAGACAUUUGAGCAAAAGCGAGUGGAGCAUCGUGAAGAGCUUCAGCGGAAGGAGGACGAGAUGAGGCAAACAUUUGUCUUGCGAGUCAAAGAGAAGGAGACUGAACUUAAGGAGGUGGAGAAGGAACUGUACACGAAAUAUGACACCCUGAAGCGGGAACAUGCAGAAGAAAAGAAACGGUUUGAAGAUCUCAAGAAACGACUCGAUGAAGAGAAAGCCGAAUUCCAGAAGCGUAAACAUCAAGUGGCCACUCAGCAGCUCACCUCUCACACUCUCACGCUGGGCAAAAGUAAGAAGAAAUAGUGAGGAACACUUAGAAAUAUGUUUGAGAUACUUAAAAUUAUAUAUACAAAUUUAACCUAAAAACAAAGAAUAUUAACUAUGAAGAAUAGUCUCACCAUGUUAGAGAUGUUGAUAAUAUUUAGCUAUGUAAUUAUUUAAAGAAGAAAAUGGCUCAUUUAGAUCAAGCUUCAUCUUCCACAAUGUGGGAAUUGAUUGAUGACACCUCAGAGAGGGUUGCAAGUAGCAUUGAUGCAAAUAAGAGUACCAAAAGGCAGAAUGGCCAGUAGACCUUUGUCCAUUGGGUCUUUUCUGCCCAUCUUCGUCUUUGAUGUCUUGUUCAACAAUACUUAUCAAAAAAUUGUGUUCAGUUUUAGCCAGGUUUGCAGUGUGUUACCAGUGACUUUGUUGGGUAUUUUGUGAAUUGGUGUUGCAGGCAGUAAUAUCACCUUUGUUUACUAAUGUCUGUCUGUCUUGCCUGGUAUUUUUCAUCAAGAGAUUUCUAGUGUGAAGCAAGUCUAGAAAAGAUUACAACAAAUUAGUGUCCCAUCCUUUAACAGAACUUGAAAUUUGCAUUUUAUAACAACACAAGUAUACUGUGGAUGUAUAUUUUUCUGAAAUAGUUAUUGGUAUAAUCAUCCUUAAUGAAACUGUUGAUCUUGGUAAAAAAAAACUAAUGUACAGUUAUAGUAUACUGUACAGUAGAUGUAACUACAGUGUAUAUUUACUACUGCCUUCAACCCCCCCACCCCCUUUUUUUUUUAUUUUACACAGAUUAGUAUUAAAUGCUAAAGUGUCGCAUCACCUCCCUUACCCAAGUCCAGGGUGUGGUCACAAGUUAAAAAAUAACAAAUGAAGAUUUGAACAAAUUGUUUACUGGUAUAUAUAGAACAUGUUUAAAUAAGCCAUGCACACUUUUUCAUUAUGUAUCUUUAACUUUUUGUUUUGAAUAAAGAACCUUUAUUCCGUGGUAAGAUUGAAAAUUUGCUUGGUAACAGGGUUGUGUUUCUUAAACUAUUUCUUAAACAAAGCAAUUUGAUGCCACUCUUACUCUCAUAAUGUGUGGCAGUCUGUUAAAAAGCUAUAUCCUGUAAUGUGAAAAUGUUGAGGACCUAAAUAAAUAUUGAUCAUCUAGCUGCAAUUUUGUUGUUGUUUUUAAAGGUUGCAGCUGUAAGAUGAUUGUAACUAAACUUUCAUGGCCACUUGGUUUAAAUAAUUAAACUACGCACACACAUUCAGUAGAUAUGUGAACCACUUGCUAGAAUUAUUAAAAUAAUUCGGAUUGACAUCAACUUCUUAUAUUAGACUUGAUAAUUUUCUAAUGUAGUUCAAGAGAAGCUUUGAGCUCUUGUGAAGCAAACAAUUUUUCCUGAUAAAAUCUUUUGGAGAACUUUGGGUUGGUAUUGAGCUCGUCGUGUCCUAGUGGGCUUCUAGAGUGACCUGGGAUGCGAGUUCGGUUCCACCACAUUGCUCCAAAAAGAUAUUCUCAGAUAUAUCACACUAUUGUGGUUUCAGUGUGAACAAAAGGCACAAGACAAGCAUCUAUUAAGUAUAUUUUACAGUUUACACAGUAAAGAUUUUUUGCUCUCUAAACUUUUGUUUAACGUGUCAACAGUUUACAGCUUGUGUGUGUUCCACUUGCGUAAAUUAUUUAACUACUGUAGUAACAUGUGAUUAAUAUAUUAAAUAGUUCAUUAAUAUACUACUUUCUGUCAAAUUUUAAAAGUAGAUGUGAUUGAAUAAGACAACUACAACAUUGUAGCAGGGAUACAAGACUUGGAAGUAGAUGAAUAUACUAUUUUUUAUCUGUAUCCUAUGGUUCAACAGUAUGAGAAUGAAAUCUAUUAAUAUAAUUCAAGUAAAUGGACUUCUGGUGAUCAGUUAGACUCUUGAUUUCAGAAAUACUCUCAGGCAUUUUCUGUUUAUUUUAAAGAUAUUGACAAGACAAGUUUAAAGAUGUAUGAUGAUGUGUGGGUUAAACUACAGACAUACAGUAAGUUCAAGGUCCAUGAUGAACGGGUCGACAGUGUGCCAGUUUAAUAUAAUAUUCGUCACAUUAAAAUUAAAUUAGAAUUGUGCGACUUGUCGAGUUGAAAGUAACGUAGUAUGAUAAGUGACCAACUAUACCAAAGCUUUUUGUAGUGUUCCUGUUUGUUAACUGCUUUAUUAGUAGUAGUGUACUUGAUCAGUGGCAUCAACAUACUCCUCUUUUUGUUUUCUUGGUCUUGUUGCCAACAACUAAAUUUUGCCUGAAAUAGCAUUUUUUUUUUUUAACCUGCUGAAUGUUAAUAUAAACAUUCUUCCCAUAUAAAGACCUGGUAUAAAAUCUCCAUAUUUUGUAAUAAUUUUUUCUAUAUGGAUUUUAUUCUGCAUUAAUACCAUCCCUGUAAAAUACCACUUAGUUUAGGUUCAAUUAUUGGUCAUAUUAGCCGACUUUUGCUGUAUUAGAUUGCAACACUACCAAAAUACAAAAUCUGAUAAAGCUACAAGAAUGUGGAUGUACUGUAUCUUUGAGAUGUGGGUACCACCUCAGCUCAAAAAUAAAUACAUUUUAUAUAUAUAUAUAGUGGGUCAGAAUUUCCUACUCAGAUUGGGUAGUAGAUAAAUGUGGAUGACCCAGCCUCUUCAUUCCUCAUUAGGUUAGUAUGACGUUCUUGCAUCUUUGAUCUGAUUUUGUCUUCCACAAGGAAUGCAAUCAAAUGGUAAUUUUUUUCAAAAUUAAAUUAUCCUUUUAAAUUCUUUUAGUUCCACCAUGCUAGUUCAAGCUCUAGUCUUAAGAUUAACAAACAAUUUUGUAUGCAUGUAUUGAUAAAAUUUGUAGGUAAUACCUUCCAUUCCUGUCGGUAGUUUUUCUAUGAACAUUAAAUAUAUCAUUAAUAUAAGUUGAA